ACGUCAUUCAGCCGAUUACUCGGCGCUCGACUCUCUAUGCCUUUUCAGGCUUACUAGUAGCCACAACUCGAGUUGCGCCAAACAAAACACCGAUUUCUAGGUUUAUUUUUUGUGACGCCAUUUUCAAAUGGAGCGACUUACAUCGUUUGGAAGUGAUCCCUGUGAUAAACCUCCAUGCAGAGGCUGUUCCUCAUACCUCACUGAGCCCUAUAUUAAAUGUGCAGAAUGUGGACCGUCUCCUUUAUUAGUCUGCCUCCAGUGUUUCACCAAAGGUUUCGAAUACAAGAAGCACCAGAGCGAUCACAAAUAUGAAAUAAUGACAUCAGACUUUCCUGUCCUGGAACAUGGAUGGAAAGCACAGGAAGAGAUGGCUCUGCUGGAUGCAGUUAUGGACUGUGGUUUUGGAAACUGGCAGGACGUUGCAUAUCAAAUGCGCACCAAAUCCAAAGAAGAGUGUGAGAGCCACUACAUGAAGAACUUCAUCAACAACCCACUUUACUCCUCCACCUUGCUCAACUUACAGAGAACAAAAGACAACUAUUUUUCAGAAAGUGCCAUUCUAUUUAAACCCACUGAUGAUCCUCCUCGACCCACAUUCGACUCAGUGUUGUCACGAGACAUGGCUGGAUACAUGCCUGCUAGGGCAGACCUCAUGGAGGAGUUUGACAAUUACGCUGAAUGGGAUUUAAAAGACAUCGAUUUUGCAGAUGACGACUCCGACGUCCUCCGUGCUCUUAAACUCGCAGUCGUUGACAUAUAUCACUCCAGAUUAAAGGAGAGACAGCGAAGAAAAAAGAUUAUCCGUGACCAUGGUCUGAUCAACCUUCGGAAAUUCCAGAUGCUGGAGCGUUGUUAUCCAAAGGAGGUGCAGGAGCUGUACGACGUCAUGAGAAGGUUUGCCAAAGUGGUCGGGCCGAUUGAACACGACAAAUUCAUCGAAAGUCAUGCUUUGGAGUUUGAAUUGCGACGGGAGAUUCACCGUCUCCAGGAAUACAGAAAAGCAGGAAUCAAGUCAUUCUGCAGUGCCAGAGUGUAUGAGCGGGCCAAGCGAAUGCGUGAGGACGAGCGGAGGAAGAGGACUAUGUUGUGUGAAGUUCUGCAGUACAUCCAUGACGGUCGAGCCUGUCAGCAGUGGCUCAGCAAACAGGCUGCAAUAGACGCUGGCAUCACUCCAGCUGUGUCAACCAUCACAGUAUCAGCAACGGGUCGGCGGAGUGCCCCUCCUUUGAACCUGACAGGAUUGCCCGGAACAGAGAAGCUCAACGAGAGGGAAAAAGAGUUAUGCCAGGUGGUGCGCCUGGUGCCGGGAGCCUACCUGGAGUACAAGCAGGCUUUAGUCAACGAGUGCAGACGGCAGGGCGGGCUGCGUCUUGCCCAGGCACGGGCACUGAUCAAGAUUGACGUCAACAAAACACGUAAAAUCUAUGACUUCCUACUAAAAGAGGGCUGCAUCACUAAGGCCUGAAAGUGUCUAGAAGGAAUUGGACAGGUAUUACUUCACACAUCUGAUACAGUCUCCACUUCUGUGACUAAAAGUCACAUUUUCAUCACAAGUCUCUGCUAAUGAUGCAUACAAUGUUAAAGCCUGUUGUGUCUAAAGAUCUUUUUGAAAGGUUAGUAUCAGAGACACGGUUGUCUGUAAUUAAAUAAGGAAAUAAUGACUUUAAUGUUAAAAUGUGUUGACGGUGUUAAAUAUCCUGAUAUAAUAAAUAAUACCAACUCUAUAAUUAUUGUCCUGCUAUGUGCUUAUCUUAAUAUUAAAAAUAAAUUCUGGUCAAUAAUAAAACACUAAAUCUACAUUAAAUUAAUUUAUUAUAUAUAUCUGAUUAAAUUGGAUCUGAGCAGAUAUAUUACAUUAUCCUUUUAGUAACCCAGCCCACAAGGAUGUUACGUUUCCUUCCUAUGAUAGUCCCAAGCCCAGAUUAAUUGGUCAGGAUUUCCUCAGGAAGGACCUUCAGUGUUAAACCUGUACCAAAAUAAAAUAUGCAAUUACGGCCACAGUGGUCCUAUGAAGUAUAGAGUUAUGUGUGCAGGUCAAAAUUGUAUAAAACUUGGGAUUGGCAGAAAGGCAUGUGAUGGUUGUAGGACAUGCACAAAUUAGCAAGACAGUAGUUGUAGAAAGACAGUGCUGUAAUUAUUUUGCCACUGUUUCAAUAUUUGAAAAAACAAAAUAAUGUGUUUUGGUCUUCAAGAUGCAUUUACAUUGUUUGGUUUCAAAUCCAACCCAGCUGUUGUUGCUUCAGUAGGGAUCACUUUGACCUGUAAAUGCCAACAAACGCUGCCUUAUUUGACAAAAGACAAAAGAGAUGUCACAGUACAAACCACAAAUAGACUCACAAUGUUGCACUGUGCUGCUAAACUCCUGCAGCUUAGCAGCAGCACUGUCUAUAUAAACUGACUGGUGGAAUUUCCAUGAGUCACUUGCCAGGCAUGUCCAGAUGAUUUGACUAUGAUCGACCGAAUAUUAUUAACAUGCUGUUUUACACAAAAACUCCUACAAAUGCAUACAAAACUAAUGAGUAAUGAACCCACAGUAGAAAUCAACCAAUCAGUGUUUACUCCAAAAAACAACUCGAUGCAGACAGGGAGGGUGCUCGAUGAUAAAGCAGGAAAUUUAAGUACAGCAUUCACACUGUUUCCAUAUGACCCUUCCCACAACCCUGUGGCGUGAUGUUGGAUAUUUGUGGCAAAAGUAAAUACAGAAGGCUGUCAUCAAGUGAAUGGCUCACAAGAGCAGCUGCUGCCAGUCUAAUAAUAACAACCAAGUCAAUCUCAUUUGACAGACAAAAGUCAACAGUUCUGGGAGCAACAAUAUAUUUGAUCCGUGUUUAGCAUGUAAUUUUUGGUCAGAUAUUGAAAAAUUAUGAUGAAAAUACUUGCCAAAAUAUUUUUCAAAAGCUUAUCUUAACUGCCUGU